AUGCAGAUGUGCCGCGGAGUGCUUUUGGUGCUGGAUCGAGAUGGCACUCCUUUCAAUCGAAUCUGGUGCUGCUUCGAGCAAUCCAUUGCUAUCGAGCAUCGCGAGGACGGCCAGUUAAGGCAUCGCCUAUUGCUUGAUGUGGGAGCAACGGCUGCAGAGGACACAGCUCAUGUGCUCACUGAUGGUCUUGCCGGCGCCGAGACUCGCAUGAUCGGCAUUGUCGGCCUGCACCGGAAGUCGGUCCGAGAACGGGGCUUUCCUUUCGAACUGCUGGAAGAAGGUCUGACGGUCAAUAUCGAAGAAGCCAACGCCACCCAGCCGAUGGACAAGGUUCGGAUACUGAACAGCAUAGCAUUUCCUCGUCUUGAAACGUGCAAGUUGGAUCAACCUGUGGCACCUGAGAAGCAUGACAAUUUCCGGCUUGUGGACCAAGCUCUUGCCUCACACUUCGCUUUGGCGAGCUGGUACAACUGCAUUUGGUUAAACAAACGCACAGAGCGUCUCGCAACGGCCUUGAGAACAGAUGUCUCCCGCAAGCUGGUGCAGUUAUCCUUCACCGGGUGCCAGCAUUUCUCCGACCCGGAGCUAGAAAGCCUGGUGUUGAAUCUGCCGAGCGAGCUGCGAGUCUUACGAUUGGACCUGGGGUUCACAGGCUUGGAGACCUUGGAUUGCUUUGCGUCAGCAGAUCUGCGUUUCUUGGUUCAGCUGAAGCUGCGCUUCACAGGUUCCCCAUCCCUCCGCAACAUUGCGGGCCUUUCUGCUGCUCUGCAAAAGUGGAGCCUGACGCACUUGGAGCUGUGGUUCAUGAACUUGCCCCGACUGGAGCAGCUGGGAUCUCUAAGCACAGCGCUGCUUUCUCUGCGUCUGCAGGAGCUCAUUUUCGAUCUGAAUGGGUGCCCCCAGAUCUCUGAAGAUGCCCGGAUUCAACUGCACGAGGCCAUCAAAGGUUCCUCCCUGCGAAGAUCGGAGGCUUGGGUGAACAUCGAAGGCCUGUCCCGCGAAACUUGGCUUCGGAGCCAGACGACCCUCCGGACGAUCUGUGCCUUGCUCUUGGCGCAAUGCCCUCGCGUGCCAAUUUGGCGGCUGCGCCAUCGGCGCAAUUGCCGCACCAACGCCUUGGCUGCCACGCGGCUCGGGCGCUCUGCCAGCGAUCAGUCGGACACCGCAGACACCGAGGACGAGCUGAGAGAGGAGCAAGCAGAUGCCGCCAGGCCGUUCCCUUGCAGCCACCCUGGCUGUACGUCCUUUCAUGGUGCAGAAGAUGGGUACUGUGAGAAGCACCGAAGCUUGAAAGUCUGUAAACAUAUGUUGGGUUUAUUGAACACGCUGCGCCAGUAUGUUGAGCUUGGGCUUCUUAUUCUCACACAGGCGGUCGCGGAAGUCGAAAGCCGAUGGUUGUUAAUUCUUAUCAUUCUCAGUCUGUGCCCUGUGGCAGCUUACAGCUUGGAGCAGUCUACUGGAAGUUCCGCAGCUGAAAUUUCAGUGGUCGCGGUGCCUCUCGCUGUGAUCAGCAUCGCCUACACUACCGCUCGGCUGAAUCAGAUGCAAGAAUUGACCAAGGAGUUGGAGGUCCAAGCCGAGUCUGUCUACGCAAUGCAUCUGGGCAGAGAUAUGUCCCUGCUUUUUGGAGAGGGACAAGACAUAUUGCAGCACGUGGGCAGCUUGAAAGACCAUUUUUUGGAAGCCAGAAAACGAUUUGACAAGUUUCAGCAGGAAGUAUGCUUGCCACUGCGUGACUUUUUAAAUGAUCAGGGACCGGCAACUGAGGGCUUGAAGCCUAUGUUGAGGCCAGUGCAAGCUGUGCGGCACAGGGAUUUGCGUCGGCUUUUGGACCUUCUCUAUUGUCAUGUGACCUUUGAUGGCUUGGAAAGUAUGGCUCGUGCUUGGCAGUUCCUUCGUGCAAGAGUGCAGAAUGAGGUCGGCGGGGUCGAGGUGGUCUCUGUGCGCGAUUCAUUCGCUGUGCUCGAGACGGGACACAGGUGUGCGCAGAUUGUCGUCGGAAUUGACGGGUACUUUGCUACAGUCUUUUUUUACGAAGAAUCCUUGAGUGAGCUCGAGAAGCAGCUGGAUGAUGUGCAUCGCUUGGCCAAGCACUUACGGCUUGCCAACUUGCCCACGCAGAUUCAUGAUGUUGCCGGGCUUCCGCUGCGUUCCUGGCCGGUGGGUGUAGCCGUUGGUUGCCUUCGUGCUGUGUCUUUGCUUGCUGCCAUUUAUCUGGGGGCUCAAUACUUCAUUCGCUACUGUCCAGCGCCUUUCAGAGCCACGCUUGCGCCAAGUCUUAAAGCUGGCUUGGCCCUCAAGGAGGUGGAUACGGACGGCCAAGCUGAAGGAUGGUGGCUAUCGAUUGCGUUUGCCCUGCCGUAUUUGGCGCUGACGAUCGUCCUGAUACUGGACCUGCGGCGUUGUGGGUCUACACAACAUCGGAAGUGGAAGCCUACUCAGGUGCUCUAUGAGACAUAUUUCGGGAUAGAGGGGAAGUUCUACAGCAUCAAAGUGGCGGGAUUGCAGCUUCUGACUGUGAUGCUUCAAGCGCUUGGAAAGCUUCAGCUUCUGGGUGGCAUCGUGUCGUUUGCAGCGCACGCUCGUGCUGACGCUGACGCGUUUCAGAGCUGCUUCUGGGUUUUUGUGGGCCUGCUUUGCUUGAAUAGCAUCUAUCCAAGCAUGUUGCUCUUCUUCGACUGGAAGUGGAUGCGCUUGGGAGCUGCUAUGAUGGAUGCAGUUUUAGACAUUGCCUAUACUCUAACGUACCUGGUCCUCACUUUGCUUGCCAUUUCCGAGCUAUCUCUGGACCAACAGGUGGCUGGUAAUUUUGGUGACGAGGCAGCUGUGAAUUUUGAAGCAAGGUUGGACCCAGCUUUUGUUUUUCCCGUGGACUGCUUGGGAUAUGUUGCUGUUUAUUACUCGGUGGCCCAUGUUUGCACAGUGUGUCGAGCUUUGGAGCGCGCAGAUCUGACACCAAUGCAUAACUUUACUUCACUAUCGCGAGUCCGCUCUGCAAACCUGUUUGGCCAGAGGAGGUGGAGAGCAACGUUCAAGGCGCUGUACUCGCCCAGCUUGCUGCUUGUGAUGAUAUUCUUGCUGAUUUCAAGCGAAUCAUAUCCAAGUCACCCUCAAUCUACAUGCUUCCCAUGCCGCUGCAUAGGCUUACCGAAUGGCACGCAACAGCUUGAGAGCUGCGGCCUCAUUCGGGUUCUUCGCUUCAAAGACGUGAGUCUGAGCGACCGCAACAUCAGCAGCGUCGCAGAGAAGGCCUUUGAUUCUGCAGGCUGCUUGCAACGAUUGUCGCUUUCAGGGAACCCGCUAGGCGGGCUCCCUAAGGUGUUUGCUUCGCUCACAUGCCUGCAGCUCCUGGAUCUGGGCCGCACCCAGUUGCAAAGCCUGGAGCCUGACACCUUCAACGGCUUAUCCAGCCUGAGGAUCCUGUCUCUCAGCCAGAAUCAGUUGGAAGAGUUGCCAGAAGAGUUGUUGCAGCCCAUCCCGUUGCUGAAGCAAUUGCUGCUGGGAGGCAAGUCAGAUGCUUCUGGCAGCCGACUCAUCAUGGGAAAUCCGUUGAAGUCUCUUCCGCAUAAGCUUCUCCAACACAGCCCGAGUCUCAGAGUCCUGGACGUGAGCGAGACCGACCUAACUGCACUGCCAAUGUUUGCAAAGAACCCUUUUCUGCACACCCUUGACGCGAGGCAAUGCAGACUGCGUGAAUUGCCUGCUGCCACGUUCGCUGGCCUCAGCAUGUUGCAGAAACUGGAUCUGUCAUCCAACUCGCUGAGUGAAUUGCCGGCUGGAGUGUUUGCCGGCCUUAGCAAGCUGCAGACACUUUACCUGUAUUCGAACAAGCUUAGUGACAUGCCAGCUGGAGUCUUUGCCGGCCUCAACAAGCUGCAGACACUUUACCUGUAUUCGAACAAGCUUAGUGACAUGCCAGCUGGAGUCUUUGCCGGCCUCAACAAGCUGCAGACACUGGAUCUGCAAUUCAACUCGCUGAGUGAAUUGCCGGCUGGAGUCUUUGCCAACCUCAGCAGCCUGCAAGCACUUGAUCUGUUAUCCAACUCGCUGAGUGAAUUGCCGGCUGGAGUCUUUGCCGGCCUCAACAAGCUGCAGAAACUGGAUCUGUCAUCCAACUCGCUGAGUGAAUUGCCGGCUGGAGUGUUUGCCGGCCUUAGCAAGCUGCAGACACUUUACCUGUAUUCGAACAAGCUUAGUGACAUGCCAGCUGGAGUCUUUGCCGGCCUCAACAAGCUGCAGACACUUUACCUGUAUUCGAACAAGCUUAGUGACAUGCCAGCUGGAGUCUUUGCCGGCCUCAACAAGCUGCAGACACUUUACCUGGAUGCGAACAAGCUUAGUGACAUGCCAGCUGGAGUCUUUGCCAACCUCAGCAGCCUGCAAGCACUUGAUCUGUCAUCCAACUCGUUGAGUGAAUUGCCGGCUGGAGUGUUUGCCGGCCUCAACAAGCUGCAGACACUUUACCUGGAUGCGAACAAGCUUAGUGACAUGCCAGCUGGAGUGUUUGCCGGCCUCAGCAUGUUGCAGACACUGGACCUGCAAUUCAACUCGCUGAGUCAAUUGCCGGCUGGAGUCUUUGCCAACCUCAGCAGCCUGCAAGCACUUGAUCUGUCAUCCAACUCGCUGAGUGAAUUGCCGGCUGGAGUGUUUGCCGGCCUCAACAAGCUGCAGACACUUUACCUGUAUUCGAACAAGCUUAGUGACAUGCCAGCUGGAGUCUUUGCCGGCCUCAACAAGCUGCAGAAACUGGAUCUGUCAUCCAACUCGCUGAGUGAAUUGCCGGCUGGAGUGUUUGCCGGCCUCAACAAGCUGCAGACACUUUACCUGUAUUCGAACAAGCUUAGUGACAUGCCAGCUGGAGUCUCUGCCGGCCUCAACAAGCUGCAGAAACUGGAUCUGUCAUACAACUCGCUGAGUGAAUUGCCGGCUGGAGUCUUUGCCAACCUCAGCAGCCUGCAAGCACUUGAUCUGUUAUCCAACUCGCUGAGUGAAUUGCCGGCUGGAGUGUUUGCCGGCCUCAACAAGCUGCAGAAACUGGAUCUGUCAUACAACUCGCUGAGUGAAUUGCCGGCUGGAGUCUUUGCCAACCUCAGCAGCCUGCAAGCACUUGAUCUGUUAUCCAACUCGCUGAGUGAAUUGCCGGCUGGAGUGUUUGCCGGCCUCAACAAGCUGCAGAAACUGGAUCUGUCAUACAACUCGCUGAGUGAAUUGCCGGCUGGAGUCUUUGCCAACCUCAGCAGCCUGCAAGCACUUGAUCUGUUAUCCAACUCGCUGAGUGAAUUGCCGGCUGGAGUGUUUGCCGGCCUCAACAAGCUGCAGAAACUGGAUCUGUCAUACAACUCGCUGAGUGAAUUGCCGGCUGGAGUCUUUGCCAACCUCAGCAGCCUGCAAGCACUUGAUCUGUCAUCCAAUCGCUGGUGA